AUGUGUGUUUGUUAUGUAAUACUUCGGUCUCGGUUCCUAAAAAAAGGAAAUAUUGAGAGACAUCAUAAAACUGUACAUUCUAAUUUUGAAAAAUCGUUUCCACUACAUUCUGCCGCCAGAAAAGAGAAACUGAAACAGUUAACAAAACAGUUAACUGGACAACAAUCAAUAUUUUUAAAAACAGUCGACAAAAAUAGGGCUGCAACUGAAGCAUCGUACCGUGUGUCCCAGAUAAUUGCACAAAAAAAAAAACCUUAUGAAGACGGGGAAAUGAUAAAACAGGCGUUUUUAGAAGCUGCUGAUUCGUUAUUUGCCAACUUUAGAAAUAAAGACGAGAUAGUUUCAGCUAUAAAAUAUAUGCAACUCUCUGCUAAUACAGUGAUGAGACGUGUAGAACUUCAGUGGAGAGACAAAGAACUAGCGGAAAUGAUUUCUGUUAUAAAAGCAUUUAUCAAAAAGCUGGAGUUUUGGGAACAAAACCUAAUUAACAGCGAUUCCCAGCAUUUUUAUAUUCUUUCGGAAAAAAUAUCUCAAAAUCCAUUAGAACCCUAUGACAACAAAUAUCAUGUAGAAAUAAUUUCUACCCUGAAGAGUAACUUCAAAAAUCGUUUUAAGUAUUUCAAUGAAAUGGCUUUAGUAGCGCAGUUUGUUGUUUCACCCUUUAUGGAAAUUGAUAUCCAGCAGUUUGCAGCUUGUGUUAUGCAGAACUUUGGCGAAGACACCGCGGCAACAGAAAUGGAAGUCAUUGAGUUUCAAAAUGAUUUAGCCUUAAAAUGGUUAGUCUUAAGUACUGAAUGUAUCUGGCCUAUUGAGUUGUAUGUAAAUAUGGCUUAUGAAAAAGCACAAAGAAGGUUAUUAUAA